GCAGACAGUGCAGCUACUGCGCCUGCGGCCGCCCAGCCGGUUACUAGCGUCGGUGAAGCUGCAGUCCCGGCUGGUGCCUGCACGGUAGAGACCACAGCUGAGGAUCGACCGCUACCGCAGCGGAGGAGCAAGGGAAGGAUGUGGGUUUUUGGUUAUGGGUCCCUGAUCUGGAAGGUGGACUUCCCUUAUCAGGACAAGAUGGUCGGAUACAUCACGGGCUACAACAGGCGCUUCUGGCAGGGAAGCACCGACCAUCGCGGGGUCCCCGGCAAGCCUGGAAGAGUUGUGACUCUUGUUGAAGAUCCUGGGGGCUGUGUUUGGGGUGUUGCUUAUAGACUGCCAGUAGGAAAGGAAGAAGAAGUAAAAGCAUACCUUGACUUCAGAGAGAAAGGAGGCUACAGGACCACAACAGUCAUUUUUUAUCCAAAAGAUCCCACAACAAAACCAUUCACUGUGUUGCUGUAUAUUGGAACAUGUGAUAAUCCCAAUUAUCUUGGUCCUGCACCGCUAGAAGACAUUGCUGAACAAAUUUUUAAUGCAGCUGGUCCAAGUGGAAGAAAUACAGAAUAUCUUUUUGAACUUGCAAAUUCAAUUAGGAACCUUGUGCCAGAAGAUGCAGAUGAGCAUCUUUUCUCCUUGGAAAAAUUAGUAAAGGAACGUUUAGAAGGAGAACAGAACCUCAAUUGCUUAUAAAGACCUAAUCAAUCACUGACUUUUCCAAACAAGCAGAGCUUUUAGUCUUCAGAGAAAAGCUAUAGCUUCACGUACACUGGCAAUAUGAUUUGGAAACCUGUUUACUUGAAGGUCUUAUUUAAUUUUAAUGUUGUAGUCAAGAUAUGAUCAAAAUGUGUAGUUUAAUUUCAUAUAUCCGGAAACACAUAAAUAUUUAAAAUACUGGGAUAUAGUUAAAGAAACAAUUCAAGUUAUAAUAAUAAUAUAAUGGUUUCCUACGUACAUAUUGAACACUUGCUCAUAAGAAGUGAGUUCUUUAGAAAAAUACAGUGAAGGACUCAGUUCAGAGCUUAUUUUUAUCACAGUAAAAAAUAAUUCUGUUGUUUACUAUCACAAUACUAUUUUGAAGUUGUGGAGAAUUAAACCAAAGUCCAGUAAAUAUAAUAAGGUAAUACCUUCAAUAUAUUCCUAUACAAUAAUUGUGUAACCAUGGUUUAAAAUACACAAGCUUAAAAUAAUGUGUAAUUAGAAAUAUAUGGUAAUUAAACAAGAUUUCAGCCUUCAUUGUGAAUCUCCUUGUUCAGGUAUUAAAAAAAGACCCUUUCCAAUGUAAGUCAAAAAAGACUGGCAUUUUUAAUAUAAAAAUUUCCUUGGAAUUCUAAUGUACUCUACCUCUCCUUUUUUUUAAUAAAUGCAUUUUACUACAUGGGAAAAAAUUCAUUCAGCUAAAAAGGCACAAAUUACAUUAUACAAAUUGUGUCCAUUAAUAAUGCAGCAUGUCAUUCAGUCACUGUAUGAGUCUUAUACUGAAACUUUAAAAAAAAAGAGAUGACAAUUCUGGUAUUAUAAAUUAAUAGAAACAUAGAUAUGCUCAAAGUCUGGUGUUUGAAAUGACCUUUAGAAUUGUAGUUUUUUAAAGAAGUGGCAUUACCUGAUCAUUUGCUAUAGUUUUUUUUUCCUUCUGUCUUGUCAGCAAAACAAAGAUAUCCACUUACGAGUGCUGCUGAUGCUACUCAAAUAGGAAAGUUACAUGUGCAUUAUUAACUCAUGUAAAAUUGAUCUUGAUUCUAAUCAAGAUAAUUUCUGAUUAUAGUUCCUUCUUCUUCAAUAAGACAGUCUCUAAAAUCUUUUAACAUAAAAAGAAUUUCAGUAUCACAUUAAAUUUAUUAUGAAACUUAAUAAAAACAUUUCAAAUCCCAGCACAACUAAUAAAACAGAAAAUUUUCACAUUAAACAAAGUUGUCCUACACAGUAGGAAAAGUAGUCCUUUCCAUGUUUUUCUUAUUUAUGAACACCUAACUUGGUAAUUUACUCAGCUACGUACCUAUUUUUUUUUUAAAGAUUUUAUUUAUUUGUCAGAGAGACAAAUUGCUC